AAAAUAAAAAAAAAUGUAACUUUGUUUUCUCCCAACCCAUAACUUGUUUCUCCAUUUUAUUCUAAAGAAUAAUUUGCUUCCUCUAUAUUCUCGUUGACAACUAGAUUUCUCCUUCUUUUGCAAAUCCAAAUUAUUUGAUUGUCCCAAACCGUCAGACGUACCAUGGCUCGAGCCAUAGUCCAAUGGUUAUGGACCUUGUUUAUGGUAAUGGGCCUAGUGGGCAUGGGCAAUUGUGGUAAUAGUAACAAUAACAAUAACGAUAUAGGUGUAAAUUGGGGAAACAUGGCAUCACAACCGCUACCACCAACCAAUGUGGUUGGCAUGUUGAAAGACAAUGGCAUACAAAAAGUGAAGCUUUUCGAUGCCGAUUCAUCCACCCUUAAUGCCUUGGCUGGGACUGGGAUUGAAGUCAUGGUUGCCAUCCCUAAUGACAUGCUUAGUCGAAUGAACAAGUUUAAAUAUGCUAAAGAUUGGGUUAAGAAGAAUGUUACCAAGCAUCUUUAUAACGGGGGUGUUAACAUAAGGUAUGUAGCGGUAGGUAACGAGCCACUUUUAGCAAGUUACAAUGAUAGUUUCAAACAAACAACAUUACCAGCCCUAGAAAACAUUGUGAAAGCCCUUGAAGAAGCUGGGCAUGGAGACAUUAAGGCCUCUGUUCCCCUCAACGCAGACGUGUACGAGUCAUCCUCGACCGUGCCCUCGGGUGGUGAUUUCCGAGGAGACGUAAAGGAUCUCAUGCUAGACAUUGUAGGCUUUCUGAAAGAGAAAGGUGCACCCUUUAUCGUGAACAUAUACCCUUUCCUUAGUCUUUACCAAAACCCGAAUUUCCCAGAGGAAUUUGCGUUCUUUGAUGGAAAUGGUAAAAGCAUAAAUGAUAAUAGUCACACUUACAAUAAUGUGUUUGAUGCUAACUUUGAUACGCUUGUUUGGGCAUUGAAAAAGAAUGGUUAUGGGGAUUUGAAGAUUGUUGUUGGGGAAAUUGGAUGGCCUACUGAUGGACAUAUUAAAGCCAAUACUAAGUAUGCCAAGAAAUUCUAUAAUGGUUUGUUAAAGAAGUUGGCUUCUAAUAAGGGCACCCCUAUGCGAUCAGGACAAUUAGAGGUGUUCCUGUUCGGAUUGCUUGAUGAGAACACGAAGAGCAUAGACCCAGGGGACUUUGAGAGGCAUUGGGGGAUCUUUCGUUACGAUGGGCAACCUAAGUUUUCGAUGGACCUUAACGGUAAGGACAAUAGCAAGACACUGGUAGGUGCUAAGGGUGUGCAAUACAUGGAGUCUAAAUGGUGCGUCUUCAACAAAGAUGCAAAGAACCAAGAUAACAUAUCAGCCUCAGUAGAUUAUGCAUGCUCAAUGUCAGAUUGCACUUCUCUAGGUUACGGUUCCUCGUGUAAUGACCUUGAUGUUAAUGGUAACAUCUCAUAUGCCUACAACAUGUACUUCCAGUUUAAUGAACAGAGUGUCGAAGCUUGUGACUUCGAUGGCCUUGCUACCAUCACCUCUAACAAUGCUUCCCAACCAGGGUGUCUCUUUCCUAUAGAGAUUGUAAGUGCUGCAUUCAGACUCACUAUUGUUCCAAUACAGCUUCUUCUUCUUUUCAGUUUCACGCUUGUGUUGUUAGUGUUGUUGUAAGGUCAAACGAGGUAGAGUUAGUCUAGAUUCCUGAGGUAAUAAAACUAUCAUCAUACUUUCUUGUACAAUCUAUAUGGACACAAGUUCCUCAAACACAACCAGUUUUAGUACCAAUAAGCCAAUAACUUACAUAA